AUGCAGGCUAAAGACAGCAAUCCACCAGAUGGUGGCUAUGGAUGGGUUGUGGUAGUGUCAGCCUUCAUGGUGAUGGGCUUCACUGUUGCUGUCCUCAAGACUUUUGGUCUGUUCUUUGUUGAAAUCCAGCAGCACUUUGAUGAACUUGCAAGCUCCACUUCCUGGAUCACAUCAGUAACUAUUGUCGUCUUUCAUUUAGGAGCCCCUGUUGCCAGUUCACUGUGUGUACAAUAUACCCAUCGGACAGUUGUGAUCACUGGAGGACUUCUGGUUUUUUCCGGAAUGGCACUGGGAUUUUUUGGACUUAACAUGGGGUGGAUGUAUGCAACAACUGGAUUCCUACAGGGUCUCGGCAUUUCUUUUUCAUGGACACCAGCCAUUAGCAUUGUUAGCCACUAUUUCUCCAAGAAAAGGGCUUUGGCCAAUGCUAUUGCCAGUGCUGGAGAAUGUGCCUUUGCAUUCAUGUUUGGACCAUUUUUCCAGUGGCUGAUUAGUCAGUACGGAUGGAAAGGUGCCCUCUUGAUCAUAGGUGGCAUCCAACUCAAUAUUUGUGUCUGUGGAGUACUGAUGCGACCCCUGCCAAGCAGCUGCCUCCUUAAGGCCAGACAUUGUGAUACUGAAACACCACCUGGCAACAGUGCAUCCAGCAGAGACAAAGAAGAUAAGUCUUCCAUCAUGCACAAAACCUUCAACUGGAUGCUUGUGAGGCAACCAGAAUUUGUAAUUUAUGCCAUUUUUGGUAUAUUAGCUGCUAUGAGUUUUUUUGUUCCUCCAUUAUUUUUAGUUCCACUUAGCUACAGCCUGGGAAUAGAAGAAUCAUGGACUUCAUCCCUCCUAUCCAUUUUGGCUAUGGUGGACUUUGGAGGCAGACUGCUGUGUGGCUGGUAUGCCAACCUCCAUGUUACCAAAACCAUUCAUUUGCUGGCAAUGACGAUUACAUUGAUGAGUACUUCCCUGAUGUUGUUGCCACUGGCUAACAAUUACCUAUCUUUGGCAAUAUUCACUGGCUUCUAUGGAUUCUUCUUUGGUACAACAGUUGCCAUUCACAUUACAGUGCUGGCAGACGUUGUAGGCAUGCCAGAAUUUGACAGUGCUCUAGGGCUUUUCAUGCUCAUUCGAAGCAUUGGAGGUUUUCUGGGGCCUCCUCUUGCAGGUCUGAUUGUGGACAUCGCUGGAGAUUACAGAGCAGGCUUCUACAUGGCAGGAGCCACUCUUGCUCUGUCAACUGGAUUUUUAAUUUUUUUAGAUCGACUCCAACAGAGAAAAAAAAGAGGAAGCAAGACUAGAACUAAACCAGAAAAGUCAACAUUACCCUACCCCUCCCUCCAUAUCCUAAAACAUCAAACCAGAAGAUGCAUUUUGGCUACGCAAGUCUUCAGUAAAGUCCCACAGGCCGUGCUAAAUGAACUGGGGAAACCAUGGUCUAAAUUAAACUGCCAUGAAGCAUCUGUGCAGCAGAUAGAAACCCUACCCCCAAUUGCAGCUAUCACUAAAAAGAGGAAGAGGCAUCAGCUCACAAAUGCUUACUUGCGGAAGUAG